GUGAGCAAGUACUGCCGUCGCCGUGCUUGCGCAAUGGUGGGCUUCAUGGUGGUCAUGUUGCGAAUCGGGUACUUGCACGAGCGUGCCUCCCUGCUGUCUCGAAGAGCUGUGAUUACCUGUGCCGACAUGGCAAGUUUACGGUCAGCCCUUGAGACCGCCAACACCAGCAACUGGCCCCGCUUCAUGCAGGAUGCGGAGAACGAAACAGAGGACCAUUGCAUGCCCAACCUUCAGGAGGAUGGCUCAGAUGACGUGACUCGCAUCAGCAGUGGCAGCUUCGUUGACCACUUUUCCACUGAGACGAACAAGCUGCUGCCGCCGCAGUAUCGUUUUGACUUGGCAACGCUGGCCUUUGUGAUCUCGGCUUUGGUUUACCUGGUGAAGACCAGCGAUGAAAACCCCAACUCCCGGCCUGAGCGGAGCCAUUCCCUGGCACUCUCCACACUUACGGAGUCCCUUGCUCUGUCUGCAGUGGCCGAGACACAGGAGGCAAAGGCCGUGAAGCGUCUGCAAGCGGCCUACUUCGACCUGGUCUGUAGGAUGGGUGGGGUGGAGAUGAGCGUCGAAGGUUUCAAGGGUGUGCUGCUAAAGGAUUUGUUCGUGGCCGUAAGUGUGAGCCUGCACUUCCACUGUCUCCGCUGA